GUUACCGACCCUUUGAUCAUCUCGAAUCUUGUACACCGCGCAUCUAUUAUCAGCGGCAUUCCAUCUGUCUCUGAAUCGGAUUUCGUCAAGCAAGGCGAUAAGCGCAAAUGGCUCUCACGAAGUGGACCGGGGAGCACCACCCACGUUCACCCCCGCUUCAAAACGAUACAACUUGGGAGUUCGAUACCAAAUACCCCUUCAAGACGGCAACGAACAUACCAGCAAAUCAGAAUGGGGCUCCCAGCCUCCUUGAUCUUCCCGACGAACUCAUUCUCUGGGUCAUUUCUGAGCUGCGCGCGAUCCGGCUCGAUCAACCGCAGUCGCUGGCUUUCAAGAACAAGCACAAAGAGACGAAUCGGCAAUAUGAAAACUUCUAUCGAAGAUCUGCACUGUAUGCGCUCUGUCUAACUUCAAAGCGACUCAACAGACUCGCGGUCCCUGCGCUUUAUGAUGCUGUCGUGGGAUCCACCACAAAUUAUGGGAUCAACCCGCUGCGCCUAAUUUUGAGGACUUUUACCGAUAGAGAGGAACUAAGAUGUCAUGUCCGCUACGUCGAGAAUCUUCUAGAAGACUGCCUUGGUAACAGGCUUUCUAAUGAUCUAGACGAUCUAGAAGAUUCAGUUGGCGCAGAAUUGGUGACUGAGUACUUUGCAAAGCUUGCCUGGAUCGUCCGGAUGUGCCCAAACAUACUCCAGAUGUCCGUCAUUUCGAUCGAGAGCAACAACUUUACUUUCUGGGGCCAUCUACUUGAUCCCAUAGAUGACGGCCAGGAGGAACAAGACGGAGGGAACCUAUUGGGUGCCCCAAAGCAAAUCUUGCGUAAACUCAAGAAGCUUACCUUGCAGACCAACGUCUCCGAAAGAUAUUUCAACGAUCAUACUAUUGAUUUUGACCGCAUUUACUCCGAACUUUUGAAGUUUUCACCCCUCACAGAACUACGUGCGUCUGGCGUUUGCGUUCCAUAUCGUCCCAUCUCCAGCAUACCCUCAGGCACGACCAUGGAGAGCUUGCAACGAAUCGAGAUAACUCAAUGUACUCUGCCACUGGAAAGCGUUGAUAAGUUGCUCUCAGCUUGCAACAAUAUUCAUCACUUCUUCUGUCAUUGGGCACAUUUGCAUUGCGAAAUGUCAAAAGGACCGGUUAUCCUUUUGCCGAAUCUUCAGAGACAUAAUAGGACUAUGGAAACAUUGUGCCUUAUGGCGAACGUGGGAAUAUUUCGAUCUACUAGCGGAUCCUGGGUCUCCUUCCCUAGUCUCUGCCAAAUGACGACUUUGAAAGAAGCGAAACUUUGCAACCUCUUUAUACCCGACAUGGAAUGCAGGAAACGCUCACCUUUCGACAAUCCAACUGUUCCGAUCGCGCCGGAGCUUACCCCAUCGUUGGAACACCUGACAAUAUCUUACAACAUGCCUUACAUCAAUGCAGAGGUAUGGAGGGAUUCGGUUUUAGAGAAAAUGCAGCGACUGGCAGCUGAUUGCACGCAAUAUCUUCCACGACUACAGACCUUGGCCAUUCAGUACGAGGAAGGGGUGAUUUCACUACGGGCUGGAGACGAUGAGGAUCUGGUUCGACGCUUUAGAGAGAAGGGGGUUCAACUCAAUAUCGUUAAGGAUCUUGAUGUACUUGCUACCCUCGACCAAGACUAACGACUGACAAUCUGGGAUCAGUUCUCAAGUAAUGAGUGUCUCUCACUUCAUGUUCCCUCUGACUCGGUUGACACUGGGCGUCUCUCACGGCGACACUCCAGGAAUAGUUGCAUCCGAUUAUUAGCUUCACUUUAGCAGACCUAACUUUACUUCUCCUCGGCUUACAGCACGUGUUCUAGCACUUUUACAUUACU